GCACAGGGCAGCGAGCCCGCCAUAGACACCCCAGCAGCCGCCAUAACUUACUUUCACGACUUGGGCUAAUUUAUUCCUAUUAUCAUGGUCGCUGUUAGAUCACUCGUCUCUGGCCUCCUGCUCCUCGGUUCGACCCUCGCCUCGCCCGUGCCCUCCCCCAGCACGAACGGCAUCAAGCUCCCGUUUCCGCCUAUCACGCCCAAGGGCCUCCUCUGCCAAAUUCCGAUAGUGAAGGACUUCCUCUGCCCGCGUCAGUCCUCGUCGGGCACGUCUGUGAAAACACCUCUCGGUACGGCCCAGGGCACUGCCGACACGUCCAAUGCGAACCGGUUCGUCGUGAAGUAUGCUUCGGCAAAUCGGUGGCAAGCCUCAGUUAUGACUACCAACUGGACCCUGCCCAAUGGAGCUACGGACCCGUCUGCCCUACCGCUGUCUUGCCCACAGCCAGGCGUGGAUGACUCGGCAUUCUCGGAAGACUGCUUGUCCAUGAUGAUAUACGUCCCUUCCAGCGUCAGGCUAGGCAGCAAUGUCCCAACCAUGCUGUGGAUCCAUGGCGGUUCUUUCAUCGUUGGCGCGGCUACAGGGCCGGGCUUGGACGGCUCCAGCCUCGCAUCUGCCACGAACUCCAUCGUCGCAGUGGUGCAAUACCGUUUGGGAGCUUUGGGCUGGAUGGCGCCCAACGGCGAUACCAACCUCGCCCUGGGCGACAUCAUUAUCGCAUUAGGCUUCUUGAAGACAGUACUGCCAAGCUUCGGCGGCGACCCGUCGCAGAUCACCAUAGCCGGCCAGAGUUCCGGGGCUACUAUGGUCAGAGCCAUGCUUGCCAUUCCCUCUGCUUCCAGCCUCUUCAACCACGCGAUCAUCCAGUCGGAUCCCAUGGACUACGGUUUCCAAUCCCCAGGCACCCAGCAGACCCUGCAGAACUACUUCAACGGCCUGCUCAACUGCUCCCCGUCCGACACUGCCUGCCUGGACGCCAUCUCGCUCGACGACCUCAUCAACGCGCAGAUGAACCUCUACAGCACCGCCUACUCGCUCGACCCCUCCGCGACGCUCUCCGAGCCGAUGCGUCCCGUGCACGACGGGCAGCUGAUCACGAGCACGCUCGACUCGUCCUCGCCCUUCCCGCGGCAGAGCAAGAGCAUCCUGGUCUCGACCGUGCUGAACGAGGCCGGGCUCACGAUCUACGGCAACUACGACCAGCCGCUGCCCGAGUCGCAGUGGGAGCCCGCGGUGAACGCGACCUUCGGCGCCGCGCGCACCGCGAAGAUCUACAACGCCAGUGUCUACGCCGCGUCGCAGUUCGCCGUGGGCACCAAUGGCAGCGCGAACGCGAGCACCACCGUCGACGCGCGCGCGCAGCUGCAGGAGCUCGGGACGGAUUAUAUUUGGAAGUGCUCGAGCUGGACGUUCGCACGGAACUGGGCCGCGAACGGCGGCACGGUCUAUGCGGGGCUGUACGUCGUCGGCUCGAGCUACCCGGGCAACAGCGCCGUGCCGUACUGCACGCAGGCAGGCGUCGUGUGCCACCAGGACGACAUCCAGAUCGUGUUCGGCAUGGCGCCGAGCCCCAGUACGGCGCAGAGUGCGCUGAUCAGCGAGAUGCAGGCGCGGUACGGCGCGUUCUUCCGCACGGGGAACCCGAAUCCGAGUGGCUCGUCCUUGCAGAGCUGGCAGGCGUCGGGCACGAGCAACGUGAAUGCGGUGCUGCUCGGCGGGAGCGGGCUGGCGCCUGUUGGCGCGUGCGACCCGUCGUACUGGGGGGAGGCGGUGCAGUAUGACUACCAGGUCUACGGCAUCUGAGGGUGGCUGUCGCUGGGGACUGCGCGAAAGAGGAUAAGAAAACAAAUGUCUGUAUCCAUCCUGCCUUCCCACACACUCUUUUUUCGCGUGUUUCUUGUUCCUAUACCUAAUUUGCCUUUCUUUUCUCUCUCCUUGUCGAUUUUUCUUUCAUUCCUGCAUAUAGCUUCCUGGCAUUGACAACUUUGUUCCGGUUUUGGUCUCGUGUUUUCCAAAGGACUCUCAUACGCCUCUGUAGCAUUGCAACCGCGUCUUUAUUCCUCUCCGGGUUCUCGGGUACAAAGAUAAUAAUUGAUGUAGCUUUACGAUCGCCAAUACAUUAUGCUGUCCCUAA